CAUCUGCAAUUAACCGUGAGAAAUCUCGUGGAUAUGGAGUUUCAGAAGGAGAUCAUCGCAGAAAUGGUAGAUUCUAGAAGCGGGAACGGAGGCAGCGUUCAUAGGCUGCUGGAGGAGUCACCUUCAGUGGCGAACAAGAGAGAGAAACUAAACAACAAUAUCAAGCUUUUGAAGGAGUCAAAGGAUGUUGUGGUCGCCAUUGUUGAUCAGAAUUGUGGUAAUGGAGAACGUUAGUUUCUCGCCAUUUAGGGGUUUUUCCGAUGAAUUUUCUUUCCUUGGAAGGCAAGGCUUUUGUGAUCUCUUAAACUCUGGGUGUUUCCUUAUGUUUUCAAUCUUUUUGUGGUAAUGCAUUGUUUUUUUUAUGGUGUAUAACGUUUCCCGUUUUUAAGAAUUAAAAUUUAUCUUCAAAA